CUAGAAAGGAAUGGGCAGUGUGAUUCCUUCUGUCGUCUCUGCUCACUGCAUCAGCCUGUAUUAUUUGGGCUGCUAUGUGGUCUCAACUGGGGUGUGGCCCAAGUACAUGUCGCCAAUAAUCAGAUUUCAGAACUGGUGCAGUACUGGUGAAAUAACCAACCCUCGGUGGAUGGCUGUUUAAGGUUGCACCAUGACUCCCUCAAAUUUAGGGUUUCAUCUCCUAGGCAGUUCCAGUUUUGGGAUUGAGCAGGACUUUGCAAUUCUGCACCCUGACGCUGCCAACAACCUCUACAGUAAAUGGCCUACACUGUCAGAACAUCUGCUUACAUACUGUCCAAAGGCGUCUCCAUCAUGGGAGUCAUUGGUGUUAGAGCAGGAUAUUGAGCUGGAAAAUCUCACAUCAGAGCAAAGGAAGAACUUGGCUGUGCUUGUUCUGCCGAUCCUUUUUACGGGUAGGAGGAAGGGGAAAGGCGGUCAAAUUAACUUUUCAGAGUCAUCAAGAGCCUUCAUGGACUUCCAGUGUGUAAUUUGCAGAAUUCCUUCAAUUGAACAAGUCAAGUUGACAGCCUCGUCGACAAUCGUCGUACAAUUAUCACAUUUAAAACCUCCAGUUGGGAGGAAAACUCAAGCUUGGAGCAGUACCUAAAAAAUAAUUUGACAUCCAUACACGGUCUCAGCCCUACAUCUUUGCUUUGGGAGGGUAAUCUGUUUCACCUUAGCAAGAGGAGGGCGCUGCAGUAGCCAUCACUUUUAACGGCCCUGGAUGUGUGUGUUUCAAAUCGUACUUCGUAUGUGACCUUAAAUAUCAAGACAAGUGCUGCUUGGCAUGGGAAUUCCUAGAGGCUGCAGUAUAUGGGAUCAAAGGUAAUGUGAAGAGC